CUUCUCGGUUUCUGUGGCUCACCGCCGCCAUUCGGAUGCUUCUCGGAUUUAUACGAAUCCCUUAGCUUCCGAAAUUUCUAUUUGACUUCUCCAUCACAAUUUCACGAUUACUGUAGAAAGAAGAAACUUCUACAUUUCUUCUUACAUUUCGUGAAUCGAUAAGCUACUUGUAUUCCCUCUCAUUUCGAUCUGGUUUCUCUACCCGGCGUUGAUCCAUUGGGUUUCGGAUCUGAAGAUCCGAAUAUUCAGUACGGAUCAACUGUUUAUAGGAAGAAGAAGAAUGAAAUCCCAGGGUGUUUCGGCUUUUACCAGCUUCGAUUACUGGUUUAAUUGGAGAGUGUUUCUCUGUGCGGUUUGGGUGUUGACUCCCAUGAUUGUUGCUUUGUUCGUCAUAUGGAAGUACGAAGAUAGCUCAGUACAAAACCAUCGACGAAUUGAUAAUGACAAUGGUGAUAGUGAACGCAAUGAUGAUGAGCUAUGCAUUGAUGAUGUUUGGAGACCUUGUUUUAAACGAAUCCAUCCCGGUUGGUUACUGGGUUUCCGGGUUCUCGCCUUCUGCUUUCUUCUAGCGAGCAACAUUGCCCGGCUCGCUUUUCGUGGAUGGCGUAUUUACUACUAUUACACUCAGUGGACAUUCACGUUGAUAGCAAUCUACUUUGGGAUGGGAUCACUGCUUUCCAUUUAUGGGUGUUUUCAACACAAAAAGCAACUGAGCACGAGAUUAACGGCUGAUCAAGUAGGAAAUGAUGCAGAGAACGGAUUUCGUUUGCCCCUUAUAAAUGGGGAGAACGUGGUUUUUCUCGAGAAGGGAAAAACUUUGGACUCAAAGGCACUACAGUCCUGUGUCCAUGUCUUGCAGAUUAUAUUUCAGAUGAGUGCUGGAGCGGCUGUGCUUACAGACAGUAUAUAUUGGACCGUGAUUUUCCCGUUUCUGUCUUUACAGGACUAUGAGAUGAGUUUCAUGACCGUGAAUUUGCAUACGAGCAACCUCAUUUUGCUGCUUUGUGACACAACUCUUAACCGUCUGAGAUUUCCCUUGUUCAGGUUCUCUUACUUCAUCUUGUGGACAGGAAGUUUCGUUAUCUUCCAAUGGAUUCUCCAUGUUUUUGUCUCCGUAGGGUGGCCAUAUCCAUUUCUCGACCUGUCAAUGCCAAUGGCUCCAGUGUGGUAUUUGUUGGUAGCACUCCUGCAUUUUCCUUCUUAUGGCUUCUAUGCAUUAUUCGUCAGUAUCAAACACAAACUCACUGCUUAAAGUGAUUUCAAAUGCAAGAGUUUUGCCUCGAAGAAGAGUCAAUUCUCAUUUCAUUUCAUUGGUUUCAACAAUGAAAGAAACACAGUGCAAACAGUACUUUUUACCCAUAUGUACUCAAAAUCUCAGAACAGAAAAGUAUAUAGUUACCACAAUUUUCAAAA